AUGAUUAAUUUUAAAACGCUGCAAUGUAAACAAGAAUUAAUGAAAGCUUGGAGCAACAAUGAGAAAAUAGCAUUAUAUCUUCGACUUCGAUUCGAAAAAGCUCGAUAUUUAGCAACAGAAGAAAUUCAACUCGUUUCAUCAUCUCCAACAUCACCAACGUCACUAACAUCAUCAUCCGCAUCAUCAUCAUUAUUACACUUCAAUGCAUCUAACAGUAGUGUUGUAACAAGUCCAACAUCUAAUUCGUGUAAAAAUGAUAUUGGUUUAUAUAUUGGUAAACCACUAUCUGAUGAACAAAAAUAUGAGUUAUUAACAUGUCAUUUUGAGCCGGAUAAUGAAUUUAUUUGGCCUUAUAAAGAACGUUUAAUUAUAACAGGUGAAAAAACAAUUACAGAAAAAAGAUAUUUAAAGCAAAGUCAUCUAAAUGAAUUCAAAUGGCUUAAAUAUUCACCAUCUCAAAAAGGUCUUUUUUGUAUUGCUUGUGUUAGAUUUACAGUAUCAACUACAAGAGUCUCUUCAUAUGGAAAACUUGUUGAGAUACCGCUGGACGAUUAUAAACAUUUGCUUGGCAAACAUGGAGAUUUAAUUCUUCAUCAAAAAACAAAUUAUCAUUUAGAUUGUAUGGUGAAAAUGGAAAAUUUUUUAUACAUAUAUUCAAAAAAACCUGAAGCAUCAGUAGAAUUAUUGAUGGAUAAACGUUUACAAAAAGAAAUUGCAGAAAAUCGUGCACGACUCAAACCAAUUAUAGAAACUAUUUUAUUAUGUGGUAGACAAAAUUUUCCUUUACGAGGUCAUCGUGAUGAUGGUGAUGUUUUAACAAAUAAUGAUUCUUCAUCAAAAGAAGGAAAUUUUCGUGCUUUAUUACGGUAUCGAAUUGAAGGUGGUGAUACAGCACUCAAAUGUCAUUUGGGAACAUGUAAUAAAAAUGCUUCAUAUGUUUCAAAGACAGCACAAAAUGAAUUAAUUUCUAUUAUUGGAUUGAACCUUGAAGAUUGUAUUGGUCAAGGGUAUGAUGGUUGUAGUGCUAUGUCCGGGUAUCAAGCAUUAAUCCGAGAAAAAUAUCCACAUAUAUUGUACGUCCAUUGUGCAUCACAUUCAUUCAAUUUAGCAUUAACUGAUAGUUGUGAAAUACGUGCAAUACAAAAUACUGUUGGUACAAUAAAGGAAGUUUAUAAUUUCAUUCGAUCAUCAUCAGUUCGUAGUCAAUUAUUUGAACAAGCAGCACGUAAAUUAAAUGAAAAAAGAAAUCAAUUAGUAGUUGUGAAUGAAAGUGUUGCAUUAUCAUCCACACAAUCAUCAGAAAGUAUGACAAUUGAAAUUAAAUGUAAGAAAGUAAAAUUGGUGAAUGUUUGUCCUACAAGAUGGGUUGAUCGUCAUGUAGCUGUUGAAACAUUUUAG